AUGUCCUCCUCCUCCUCCUCCAACCGCCUAACCACCGAGCAAGAACUCUCCGUCAUAGUCGCCACCCUAACCAACGUCGUCGCCGGCUCCACCGAUUUUAUCCGCUUGCCGCAAACAACAUCCGAGCCCGCCGUCGGAAGCAGCCUAGUCACCACCGUGAACGUGGAAACUUGCCGCGAAUGCAAAAUCGCGGGGUGUUUGGGGUGCAAUUUCUUCCCCGAAGAGAAGAAGAAGCAGAAGAGGGCAAAGAAGAAGUACAGAGGCGUGAGGCAGAGGCCGUGGGGGAAAUGGGCCUCGGAGAUCCGUGACCCGAGGCGUGCGGCUCGGGUCUGGCUCGGGACCUUCAACACGGCUGAGGAAGCCGCCAUGGCUUACGACAAAGCCGCCAUCGAGUUCCGCGGGCCCCGAGCCAAGCUCAAUUUUCCGUUGGUCGAUGAGUCGCUGAGUUUGCCGCAACCGCAGCCAGAGACGGUUGCGACUGCAGAGCCGACGACACAAGAUGUUAAUUUGAAUAAUCAGGGAAUUGAAAUGGACACAAUGGGAUUUGGGAACAAGGAAAACGAAUUCUGGGAUAGGAUUUCCGAUGCUGAUUUUCAACAAUUCAUGAUGACGAUGGAUUUUGCUCCCGAACCACUCUUUGUUCCUAAGUUCUCUUAA